AUGAUUGUUACUAUCUUUGGAGCCAAUGGCAACCUGUCUGUCCGAAUUACUCGGCUCCUGCUUCAGAAGCCAAACGUUUCUGUGAGAGGGUAUGCUCGAAACAUUUCCAAAAUCCCGGAGGAUAUCCGCAACCAUCAGCAGUACAAGGCAAUCCAGGGUGAGGUCACUGAUAAAGAGAAGAUUCGUGGAGCGGUUCAUGAUGCGGAUGUCGUGCUCUGCCAAUAUCAGGGAUUUGAUGAUGUUGUGCUGGACGGUCAAAAACUACUCAUUGACAUCUGUGAAGAAGAAAAGGUAGGCCGGUACUUCUCCUCGGCCUUUGUUGGCGACAUUCGCGGCAUGAAGGUUGGUCAACAUGAUCGGAUGGAUAUCACACUCCAGAUCUUCAAGUAUCUGGAAAGCAAGAAGCUCCGUUCCGUCCAUAUGAUGUGCGGAGCUUUUAUUGAAACGUGGCUCGAAUAUUCUGGUGUGAUCGACCUCGGCACCAAUACCGUCUCGUACUGGGGUACUGGGGACGAGACUUGGGACUUGACUAGUUACGAUGACUCAGCUGCGUAUACGGUUGAAGCGAUUCUCGAUGAGAGUACUGACGGGUACUUGAGAUUCGCCGCUGAUAGGGUCAGCCCUCGUGAUCUGGCAGAGCUGUAUGAACGCGUCACUGGGCAAAAGACCAAGGUCAUUUGUAAUGGAACCCUCGAUGAUCUCUACAAACAUAUGCAGGAGCAGAAGAAGAAAUAUCAAGGCCAAAGCCCCUGGCUAUAUCUACCUCUGUUCUACACAUAUUACACGACAAACGGUACCAUGCUCAUGAAAGAUCCCCUCGACAAUUCGAGGUAUCCCAACAUUAAGCCACAGACACUGGAGGAGUUUAUCAAGACGCACGAUCUCACUCGAUCCGAAAACUUGCAAGCCCCAAUCUCCAAGUCUGCCCUAGUUGAGGCCUUGGGAAAUUAA